GCAAGAACCGCGGUGUCAUUUUCAUCUGAUUUCUCUGCAAAACCCAUGCAUUAAUUAAUACUUAAAUAGAGGUGCCUAGAAACCUGGAAACCUCACAAGAUCGCAGCACACUCUUCCAAAAACUGCUGGGAAGCAAGCAAGUCAAUUCCCUCACUUCCAUUCUGUCAAUAUAAAAUCACAGGAAUAAAGGAAAAACAAUCAAUUAAUCCCCUUUGAAAAGCAAAAGUUGCAGGAUUUCUCGUGAGGGAUCACAGGAGGCUAGCCAGCCAUAAAUUGAAGCCCAUCACUCACCACCAGCUUCAGCAUCUCAUUCACGCACUUCCAUCACUUCCCCAGUUUCUACUGACGGUCUCAAAUCAAACAGUUACUUUGAUUGGGUUCUAGAAGCUAGCUUGGCUGCGCUGGUGGGGUGAUUGAAUCUUCUGAAUCAUCCUUUUGGUAUUGAUCAGCAUGAUUCUAGCUUUCCUGGGUUUGCAUUACCAUUCCAUGAGUGACUGAUGAGUGCAGCUUCAGCAUGUGGAGGAGUACACAAGAGAAGGAGAGAGGUAGAGAGAGUUAGGUUGCUCUUCUGCUGAAAUGGGUUCCUUGGAAGCCAGUACCCUUCUGGUAAACAAAGAGUUUUUGGGUGAAAAGAUUAGAGGAAGUUUGCACAACGAAGUUUUCAGUCUACCGAGCGAGCAGCUGAAGAAGUCCGAGAUGAAUAAGGCCAAUCCUGGUGUAGCCUUCUCAGUUUUAACUUCAAGCAACGGCCGAGGAACUGUGACCUUACAACCACAGCCAAAGCUGGAGAGAAAGAGAGUGGAUCCGAAAGAUGUGGCUUCAGUAAUACUUGGAGGAGGCGCAGGGGCUCAGUUGUUUCCUCUCACCAAAAGGGCUGCAACUCCAGCUGUACCAGUAGGUGGAUGCUACAGGUUGAUAGAUGUUCCAAUGAGCAACUGCAUCAACAGUGGGAUAAACAAGAUCUUUGUGCUGACACAGUUCAAUUCGACAUCACUCAAUAGACACUUAGCUCGCACUUACUUUGGAAAUGGUAUCAACUUUGGGGAUGGAUUUGUGGAGGUUCUAGCAGCAACUCAAACUGCUGGGGAAGCAGGCUUGAAUUGGUUCCAAGGAACUGCUGAUGCUGUCAGGCAAUUCAUAUGGGUGUUUGAGGAUGCAAAGAACAGGAAUGUCGAGAAUAUAGUAAUCUUGUGUGGCGAUCAUCUCUAUCGAAUGGAUUACAUGGAUUUUGUGCAGCAACAUGUUGACAGCAAUGCGGAUAUCACCAUUUCAUGUGCAGCAGUUGGUGAAAGCCGUGCUUCGGAUUAUGGGCUGGUGAAAUUAGACAGCAGGGGUAGAGUUAUUCAGUUUGCUGAGAAGCCAAAGGGUGCUGACCUCAAAGCAAUGCGAGUGGAUACGACUCAUGUAGGUUUGUCUCAGCAAGAAGCCAAGCAGUCACCGUAUAUUGCAUCAAUGGGAGUCUAUGUGUUCAAGACAGACGUUCUGUUGAAACUUCUGAGGUGGAGAUUUCCAACAGCAAACGACUUUGGCUCUGAAAUCAUCCCUGCAGCUGUCAUGGAGCAUGUAGUUAAUGCAUACAUGUUCAGAGACUACUGGGAGGAUAUAGGAACAAUCAAGUCAUUCUAUGAAGCUAACUUGGCUCUCACCGAAGAGACUCCGAUGUUUGAGUUUUAUGACCCCCAGAAACCCAUUUACACAUCUCCAACGUUCUUGCCACCAACCAAAAUCGAUCAAUCCCGGAUUGUGGAUGCAAUAAUCUCGCACGGUUGUUUCUUAAGAGAAUGUUCUGUCAAGCAUUCAGUUGUUGGUGAGAGAUCUCGUCUUGAUUCUGGUGUAGAACUAGUGGACACUGUGAUGUUAGGAGCAGAUUACUACCAAACUGAAGCUGAGAUAGCAUCUCUUCUGGCAGACGGGAAAGUCCCUAUUGGCGUUGGGAGGAACACCAAAAUAAGGAAUUGCAUGAUUGAUAAGAAUGCAAAGAUAGGGAAAGAUGUGGUGAUCAUGAACACAGAUGGUGUUGAAGAAGCUGACAGGCCAGAAAUGGGAUUCUACAUUCGGUCCGGAAUCACAAUUGUCGCUGAGAAGGCGACGAUCGAGGAUGGAACCGUCAUAUAAAUAUCCUGGUUCUGAAGUGUGAUGUGAGAGGACAAUCCAGAAAGUGGUCGUUGGUGCUUCUUUCAGAGGAAAGGUCGCAGUAGGUUUUGGAAAUGGCAGCAAAGGAAAACCCUGAUCAGAAGAAGCAAAGCAUGGCAGGAACUUGAUGUACAAGUAAUGUAAAAUAGAACCAAGCUCUUUCCUCCCCACAUUAAAGUGGGGUCCAUUUUGGCCACCCAAGCUGAAAGUUUAGUGAAAGAGAGCUAGAGAAGUAGACAGAGAACAGCUUUGGAGAUGAGAGUUGGGAUCUUUGUUUAUGGAUAUAUGAAACAUAAAUAACAUACAGGACUGCAUCAGCUUGAACUAUCCCCUCUUAUUAUGUAAUUUCAGAUGGAUAUGGUUAAUAAAA